AUGUUGGACGACCUUAUUCGUGUGCUGGAGCAAGACCAUCAGGAGUGGGUGCUCCACCAGGAGGGCAAGAUGGUUGUCGAGAAGCAGCUGCAGCUUCAACGAAACAAGGCCUUGAAGAGCGACGUAUUUCGCUUUGUAAACUGGCUCCGGCAGUUCUCUGCCGGCUUCCAGCUUUACGUGGGGUUAGAAGAAGCUUCGCCUGCCCCGCCGAAGCCGAACAUCACGGACAAGGGCGGCCGUGGCAAAGGAAAGACGGUGGCCGUGGCGACGACCCCAAGGAAGGCGGCGGGAGAAUCCUCCGAGAAUACCACUGGCGGCGAAACCUGA